AUGGAGGCGUCCGGCGGGACAGUGAGCGCCGCGGUCCAGGAGCACCUGCGGCAGCUGUGUCUGCACGAGUUUCCGUGCGGCGCGGGCAGCUGGAAUAAGUCGCGCUUCCUUCCUCGAACGUGGAAGACGUGGAGGGAGCUGAUCCCCAGAGAGGAGGAGGCGGGCAGCCCCGGGGAGGAGACAGUGGAGGACUUGCUGGGCCUGGUCUGCAGCCCCCAGUCGCCCUGGGCCCUGCCUGAAGACUCCAGCGCAGAGGACCGGUUCCUGAGACAGCUGGCCAUCCAGAAUCCCCUGAUGCUCAAAGACACCUUCUUGUACUCCUAUUUCAGGUCCCUCCGGGUGGUGGACAAGCAGGUGAGCCUGGUGGACAAAGACCUGCUGAAAUUUCCGAGGCUUGAGGAGUUGGUACUGAGUGCCAAUCAGAUCAAGGAGGUCACAGCGGCCAAUCUGCCCCCAACUCUCAAGGUGCUGGAGCUCUACGACAACCUCAUCAGCAGCGUGGAGUGUCUGUGCGCCCGCCCGCCGCCGGGCCUGCAGCACCUGGGGCUAGGCCACAACAAGCUGCUGGGCCCCCAGCAGAGCCUCUACGUCACCGCCGAGCACUGGCCCAACCUUGUGUCCCUGGACCUGGGCUUCAACGACCUGACCGACCUGCAGGGCAUGCUCGCCGCCCUCAGCUCCCUGCAGCGCCUGCGGCUCCUGGUGCUGCAGGGGAACCCACUGGCCCUGGUGCCCUACUACCGCGGCCUCACCAUCGACAGCCUGGCCCGGCUCUGCGUGCUGGACGAUGUCACCGUGUCUCCCACCGAGAAGUACCAGUUCCGGGGGCUCCGCCACAGCGCGGACUUCCUGGUGCGCGAGGCCCAGCUCGUGGUGACGAUUGGAAACGUCAGAGGAGUUCUGGACACCUCGGUCUUGGACCCGGAGCCGGGGCCCCAGGGCCCUUUUGUCACUUACAACUACUACGUGACCUACGACUUUGUGGAGGACGAGGAGUUCCGGAGGAGCGAGCCCCCGGGGGUGCUGGCCGAGAUUGUCAAGCCCUUUCCGGGCGGGGAGCAGCUAGCCCAGGAGACCCGAGAGGAGGCCCGGGAGGAGGCCCCGGAGGAGGCCCCGGAGGAGGCCCCAGAAGAGGCCCCAGAAGAGGCCCCAGAGGCGGCGGGAGGCUCCCCGCAGGAGUCCGCGCCCACGACUGCGUCCCAGUCCGCUUCGGCGGAGCUGGAGGGGUCCGGGGCCUCGGCCAUGUCGGCAUCCCUGCCCGGGUCCGAACGCUCUGCCCAGGAGCUGGCCCAGCUGCGGCCCAGGAUCGACCCCCGGCUCUGCGCGUCCCCAGGGACAGUCCUCUUCAGCACCGCCCGCAAGCCCUGGGCAGACGUCAUCCCCUACAACUAUGAGAUGCAGCACACGUUCAGCGACCUGGUACCACUCAAGGCCUUCCUGCUGGCGGGGACCACGGUGACCAUUGUGGAGGAGAAGAUUCUGUCGUGGCCUAUGGUGCCACCUCCUGUUGACAGUCCUUUGCCUGCCAAGAAGGGGAAAGCGGAGAAGGACAAGAAGGGGAAAGAGGAGAAAGGCAAGAAGGGAAAAGGUGGGAAGGACACGGCCGCCGGAGGGAAGACAGAGACAACAAAGGAACAGAAGGGGCCCAAAAAGAAGAGAGAGCUCCCUAAGGAGCUCCGCCAGGACCCGCCCGUCCUGCGGGUGCUGGGCAGCGGCCUGGUGGUCCUGGAGCCCCUGCUGGCGGGCGAGUCACUUGUGUCCACCCUGUGCAACUUUGGGGUGGUCCGCACCAUGGAGUCCGACAGGCUGACGUUCCUCAGGGAAUGGAAGAAUAAGAAAGCUAAAAAAGCCCUGGAGCCUAGGAAGUCCAAGAGCAAGGCGCUGACACUGACAGGUGAGGCCCUUCCGGGGGUCGGGGACGACUACCAGCCGGAACCCCUAACGGUUGAGGUGCAAAUCCAGCUGAUGCAGUGCCGCACGGCCGACGAGGCGCUGCGGACCUUCGCCUCGUUGACGCAUUAA